CUGUGCGUGAAGGCGAGCCCAACUAACUCUAGUCGGUAUCUCUCAACCUCCCGCACCAGCUCAGGCUCCUUCCCCCCAGCGAGGUGACAUUCCAUGUCCCUAGAGCCAGAUUCCGUGUCCGGGGAUUGUCUGGCAACACUACUUGUGAACAUAUAUACAAGUAUAAUUAUAACACGACACUGAACAUGUGCUUCAUCUAGCGAACUGUUCUUCCAUGUCUCUCUCGACUCUCGGUUCUGUCGCUCUCUGAGGCCCCCUAAUGGUUGGAUGUUGUAACACACACAAUAAUAUGUAAUACCCUGACACCUCCCCCUUUUAGUCAAAUACUUCAGGGACAUGUCUGCUAACAAUAUGAAAUUAACAUCAUUCACAUUCUUUUCUCUUUUGUUUUCAAUAACUUUACAACACAAUAUUUGUACUGUUGAUAACUCAUACUUGUUUCUUUUAAACAAUAAAUAACAUUACCAUAACAGUACCUGAUACUAUGGCUACACAUCAAAGCUCGGAUAUGUCUUACCAUAUUUAUAUUUUAACUCACUUAGCAAUACUAAACAUUCAACACAUUGUUAAACUGUCAUGAUUCAGCUCGGACUUUGGCCAUGUGCAGUUUUGUUUACGUUUCUCGUCACGUGUCUACCCCGCCUUCGUCUGCUCCUUCCUGUCACCACACCUGCUCCUCAUUGUGUCAUGAUUGUCUUGUGUAUUUAACUGUGCCGCGUUGCCUUGUGCAGCGCAGAAUCUACUGUUGUCUUUGUCCUGUUUCUAGUCCGUGUCGUGUUUAGUGUUUCCUCUGUUAUUAAACCCUGUUUUAUUUUGCUAUCCUAUCUGGGUCCGCUUCCUGCCCCGCGUUAUGACAUAAACAUUGUCCGUGAGAAUGUUUAUUAACCCCUUGACUUUCUUACAAGUCAAGACGAACAGCAGGUUUGCUUACUCUGCCUGGCCUUGUGACAAAAGUAUUUGUUUUCACAUUUUCAGCAGGUAAUUCUGAGUCUAUAUGAUAAGGCACUUUCUGUGUGUACUGUUCUGAACUUGUCAUUGUUUCAAUCUUUUCUGGAACUCCUUCAGGCAAUAACUGAAUAUGCCUGCGGUUUCUCCUCUUCUCCCCCUCCUUCUCAUGAAGGACCACGUAAGAUCUCGGAGUGGUGCUCUCUGCCAACACUGUUGCUGGUCCCUUCCAUUUAGAUUCCUCAUCCAAUUUUAACAUCACGGAAUCCCCAGGUUUCAGAACAGGGCCAGCUAUGGCUACGUCUUCAAAUACCCCCCUCCCAUAAGAUGAUGGUCUGUGGAUGUUUCUUCAGAGCCGAGGGAUUCCUGAGAAAAAUAUUCAGAAAAUGCAGCAAGAUCAUGAUGAAGUAAUGUUUAGAUGCCAGCACAGGCCUUGGUUGGGAGCUGAAGUAUGGAAUCAAUAUGACAGUGAACAGCAGACACAUACUGUAGAAGAUGUCUCUACUGCUGUAGAGAUUGUUGAUCUUACAUCUUUGUGUGAUACAUCAGAGGUCAUUUUUGGCCCUUUGCAAGGUGGACCAUUUUUAGAAGAUCUUGAUGACACAAUCUUACAUGAGCCUAUAGAAGAGGCACAGAUAAACAUCAACGCCUACAGCUCAACUCUUGUCCAUUCUGACACAGUGCCUGCUGGCCCCUUAAGUCCUACUUAUGAACCUUUGCAUGUGACAGUGAAACUCCACAGAGUCAAUCUUUUGGAGGAACUGAUUACCCAAUUCAAGGAUGAAGUGAUUAUGUCCUACUCUGUGAAAUACAGCUUCAUUUAUGAAAUGGGGGCAGAUGCUGAUGGUGUGUCCAGGGAUGUAUAUGCUGCCUUCUGGACAGAGUUUUUAGACUGUGCAGCAGAGGGUGCAGAUGUGAGAGUACCAUCACUAUCCCCAAAAUGGCAAGAGGAAGAAUGGAAAUCUGUUGGUAGGAUAAUGGUCAAGGGAUUAAAGGAACAUGGAUAUUUUCCUUCUCGGCUGGCUCAAGCCUUUACAGCAGCAAUCACAUUUGGUGAACACACUGUUUCACCUGAUUUAUUGUUUGACUCACUAAUGUUGUAUCUUAGUCAGUCUGAGCGCGAUCUCUUGUCCACUGCUUUGCAAGAUGACCUUGAUGGUGAUGAUAAAGAUGAGCUUCUUGAUCUUAUGGAUCGCAUGGGAGUAAGAACAGUACCAACACAAGAGAACUUGAAAGCUGUGCUUCUCCAAGUGGCCCACAAGCAAAUAAUCCAGCAACCAAAAUAUGCACUGGAUAACAUUGCAGCAGUCGCAGGACCAACUCUCAGGGAGUUCUUCCCCAGUGUGCUGGAUAUGCAGAAGAUGUAUGAGAAUCUUAAACCAUCAACCCGGAAGGUUUUAAAGUUGAUCACGGCCUCUCCAGCUACUCCAGCAGAGAACCAAAGUUUGCAAUUUUUACAUCAGUACAUCAGGGGAUUGGAUGAGAUAGCCCUCCGGAAGAUGUUGAGAUUCAUGACAGGGUCUGAUGUUAUCUGCGUUAAAGACAUUCAAGUCAUUAUUCACCCCUUUGGAAGGGUUAUCAAGGCGGCCUAUUGCACAUACUUGUGGCCCAACUUUAGAGCUGCCAUCAACUUACAACAGCUAUCCUGACCUCCGAGCUGAAAUGGAGGCUAUACUGUCUAGCAACUUCUAUGCAAUGGACAUUGCAUAGAAGUGUCUCACUCACUCACAUGUACACACACUUCCCUUUUGCCCAGGUAUACAGUAGCCUUAUCAGUGCCAUCUGUUUACCUUUAGAUAGUGUGUGAAUGUAAGACAGAGCACAUAGGGGAAGUAAUUGACUCAGGUGGUGCAUUAUUAAUGCAGGGUGAUUUAUUUUUUAUUUUGUUUUUCAGUUUCAGUUUUAUCCAAAAUGUCAUUACCAAACUUACUAUGGAAACAUGUUUACUGGCUAAUGAGCAUUUUGUUGAUGGACUCCGAAUAUAUCCAGCCCAUAGAAACAUUUACACAUGAUAACAAGAUUCAAUAAUCAGUUGGAUUUAUUGAUAAUGAUACAGGACCAAUUAAAACCAUUUAUGUUGCCCUGUUUGCAGUGGACCCAAAGUGUGUCAAAUCACAUUUGGUCAUGCUGAAUAGUUCCACCAUGAGGACAAAUUUUGCCAUUUUGACAAUGGCAACAUGUUUUGCAACGUUUCAUAUGCAGUUGCUGUUAUUUCCAGACUUAAACUGUCUGUAGAAACAUAUUGAGUGGCUGAACAUUUUGUUAGUAUACUUUAAGGUCCAUUUAACCAAAAAACAAUUAUAAGCCUUUUACACAAUGUAUGUUAGAAAUGCAUGUGGAUACAUUUUAAUUUUUAUUUAGAUACAUGUACCAAUAUUUUAAAUGUUUUAAAACUUUUAUAUAAGCCAUCAUUUCUGUUAGCAGUUUAGGAGCAUACUUUUUGGGACAAUUUAAAAGAAAUUUUCUUGUAAAGUUGCAUUUUCAUUGAAAAAUUAUAAUUAACUUGGACCCUGGGGUAAUGUCAGCUCAUGUUAAUUCUAAAUUUUGACAGUGUUUGGAAAUCUGUUCUAACAUACAGCACUGUACAUUAGAAGGUGUUCUGCUUUUUACAAAUAAAAAGCACAAGUUUC